UUUUCAGAAUGUUUGCCUAUGACCGUCUGGCACUCGAUCUGGCCGUCUUUAACUUGAAAGAUGUUGAUUCGGGAAAUUCGUCGUCAAGCGAAAGAUCAUCACCGCCAACACGUAUUAUGUCACAGGCUCAAAAUAUCAAUGAUGAGUCAGGUAGCAGCGGAUAUGGUAGUCCGACCCGAACACCUUUAGCGUCACCUUCAAAUGAUAUAUUCAGUUCUGUGCUUCCGCUUCAAGUCCAACGAGCGUUUUCAGCACAAAGUCCAGAAGAAAUCACUCGUCAUUUUGGAGUUUCACCGAGUCCGCAGGCUGUGAAGCCUGUUCCAGAAGUUCAACAACAACGUGAACAAGCACAAGUUUCACAGACAUCUGCUCAGGGUCUUGCUGCAGUAGAUGGAUUUUCGAUGGCAGAAAUUGCUGGUUUUGCAGAACUUUUGUCUUCUCCAAAGAAGACCCCUCCACCACGCUACCAGUGCCACAUCUGCUACGCUACAGGACAUCAUUACAUCUCCGACUGUCCACAGCGAUUCAACACUCCAUAUGAUGAGCUGACACCUUACCAAGGCAGAAAGAAGUGUUAUGGAGAGUUCACUUGUCAACUGUGUAAACGCAAGUGGAACAGCCAAAACAGUGUUGCAAACGAACCACAAAGUUGUAUAAAGUGUCAUGUUCCAGUAUUUCCACACAAACAAUUGCCCGUAGAAAAAGCAGUGACACUUGGUCUCAUCAAGGCUCAAAAUGUCACAAAAGUAGCCCCAAUUGGACACGGAAGACCUCCAGCACGGAAACACGAAGAGAUAUCACGUCGUCAUUGAUUUUAUUGACAAUGAAACAAAAUAACAUUCUCUAGUCGAUAUAGGAACCCAUUUGUCCAUCCUAUUUGUAUCAUAUUGUUUUCUUCACAAAAUUUCUGCUAGAUUUCUAUGAAAAUCAGAGAGCUUUCAAUUCUUCUCCACUUUUUCUAUUUUGUGUGUACAUGUCGUUCCUAAACCAUUUUCCCUUUCCCAUCCCACACUUUCCAUGCCGCCCGACCACUUUCUCAACUGUCUCCAGGUACUCUGUAAAUUUCUGAAUUUAUUCAUCCUGAAAAACUCUUUCUAUAUAUUUGAUGAUCACUUUUAUUUCUUCUUCAUCUCUAUACUCUUUGUCUGUGUAAAAAUUUUAUAAUUGUUUUCUUUUCACCAUUCACACCCCGGUCUUGUAAUAAUAAGUGUAGGUUUCAAGAGAGUAAUAAAAGUGUAUUGAGAAUAAAACUUUAAUUAUA